AUGGCUACUCUGAGUAUUAUAGGGUCAAGUUCACUUAUUGCUUAUACUAUAUUCCAGAAUAUACAGAAAUCUCUAGAGAUAAAGUCACUCUUUUAUCUGAGCUGCUCAGACCUCCUCCUGGGAAUAUACAGGCUCAUUGAAGUGCUUCUCCAUGGAACUUUGAAAGCCAAUAAGGACAUUGUCUGCUAUAACCUGCAAUCAGUUGGUCAGGUAUUCUACAUUUCUUCAUUUUUCUACACCACUAAUUAUAUUUGGUAUCUAUGCAAAGAAAUGUGGUUGAAACAUAAACAAAAUGGACAGAUCAGAACUCCAUUGAUUAUAAAUUAUACUUGUCAGAUUGGUCAAAUAACCUUCAUUUUGUCCAGCCUGAUACCUGUACUAUUGAUGACACCUGUGUUCUCUCUGGGCAAUGUGAGUGAAUGUUACUUCAACUUCAGUCAGAGCCACAGAUGUAUCCUGGUGCCAUCACCAUUAGCCAUGAGUGAACUACUGCCCUCAGCCAACUCAUCAGCCUGUGGCACCCUACAUAUUUAUAAAGUUUCCAUUUUCCUGGCCAGUUUUCUACUCAGCCUCAUCCUAAUUGUGGUCUUAUUCAUCCAAACCCAAGUUUUAUAUAAGACACUGGUGAAAUCAGCUAGUUUUCUGGGGAAUGAACAGUGGGCAGUUAUUCAAAUCAUGGAGGAGCGACUGUGCUUCUAUUCAAUAGCUUUCUUUUGCUGCUGGCUCCCAGGUGUCAUUCUGAUGAUUACAAAGCUGACUGAGCAACAGGACACCAAGCUUCACCUGGCCCUCUAUGUUCUUCAGGCUUUUUCUGCAUCAUCCCAGGGUCUACUCAACUGUGGGGCGUAUGGCUGGACCCAAUACAAGUUCUACCAACUAAAGCAAGACACACGGCGUGAUGCAGACACCCAGACACCAUUGUUAUGCUCACAGAAGAGAAUCUAUAACAGAGGCCUAGAGCCCCUGGAGUCCGCUCUUGCUUUUCCUACAAACACCUCCACCGUUCUUUGA